GAUAGGGGUCCGACUCAGGACAUAGAAUCAGGAAGAUCGUUUAAAUACCAAAAGGCACUUCCCCUUACGAACCCCUCCGCCGGUUUUGUCUCCCACUCCCAGGGACCUUAACCCUUUCAUUUACUGUGUUACUCUUCAGUCUCUGCCGCUCCUUGAGAACAGUCAGUGUUGAGACGAUCAGAAGAACGCUAGGGUUUUCUUUUGGUGAAGAUGGUUGCUGACAAGGCGAAGAAACCGAAGGUUGCGGAGAAAGGUGAGGAGGAAGAGUCAGAUCACAUUGAUGGUGAGCUCGUUCUCUCCAUCGAGAAGUUGCAGGAGAUACAAGACGAGCUCGAGAAGGUUAAUGAGGAAGCAAGUGACAAAGUCUUGGAAGUGGAGCAAAAGUACAACGAGAUACGCAGGCCUGUCUAUGAGAAGCGGAAUGAAAUUAUCAAAUCUAUUCCUGACUUCUGGUUGACUGCUUUUCUCAGUCAUCCCGCACUUGGUGAUCUGUUGAGCGAGGAAGACCAGAAGAUUUUUAAGUACCUAAGCUCUCUGGAUGUAGAAGAUUUUAAGGAUGUGAAAUCGGGGUACUCAAUUACUUUUAGCUUCGGUCCAAACCCUCAUUUUGAAGAUACAAAACUUACCAAGACUUUUACUUUCUUUGACGAAGGCACAACUAAAAUUACUGGUACAACGAUAAAGUGGAAAGAGGGCAUGGACAUCGCUAAUGGAGGUAAUCAUGAGAAGAAAGGGAGCAAAAGGCCUAUAGCAGAAGAAAGCUUCUUUAGCUGGUUUAGUGAAACUCAACAAAAGGACAUUUCAGAGGGCAUUCAUGAUGAGGUGGCUGAGAUAAUCAAGGAGGAUUUAUGGCCCAACCCUCUCAAAUAUUUUAACAAUGAGGCUGAUGAAGAGGAUAUUGAGGAUAUUGAUGGAGAUGACGAUGACGAUGACGAUGACGAAGAGGUAACGAGAAAUGAUAAUACGGCAGCCCUAGAUGUGCAACCUAACUUUCUUGUGGUAGUGAGGCAAUUCUUGAUUGCAAUGCUAGUUUUGGAUACAUGGCAAUAUUUCAUGCAUAGAUAUAUGCACCACAACAAGUUCUUGUACCGGCAUAUCCAUUCUCAACAUCAUCGUCUGAUUGUUCCUUAUGCUUUUGGAGCUCUAUAUAACCAUCCUUUGGAGGGUCUUAUUCUAGACACAAUUGGUGGGGCCCUAUCAUUCCUCCUCUCUGGUAUGUCACCCCGAAUAUCCAUAUUCUUUUUCUCCUUUGCUACCAUCAAGACCGUGGAUGAUCAUUGUGGAUUAUGGCUUCCUGGGAAUCUCUUCCGUGUGUUCUUCAGAAACAAUACUGCCUAUCAUGAUGUCCAUCACCAGCUUUAUGGCAACAAAUACAAUUUCUCACAGCCGUUCUUUGUUCUGUGGGAUAGAAUUCUUGGAACCUACAUGCCUUACACACUUAAAAAGAGAGAUGGUGGGGGUUUUGAAGUGUGUCCUUCAACAGAUUACAAGGUCGACUGAUUAUGUGGCAGAAUCCACUGUUUGCUACGAAUUUGUAGCAUUAUAACUUCCAAGGAGAUGUCUUUGUUUAUAUUUGACGCUGUGUUUGUAUUUGUAUAAUCUUGUACUCUAUUUCUUUGUUCAUAUAUAAGUUGAAAGUUAGUUAAUGGAAAUUUAUAUUCUUCA